AUGAGGGUAGGAAAUAAUACAGGGGUAGUAAAUGAUGAAAAAAUAUAUGAAGAUAACAAUUUUAUAUAUAAUGAUAAAUGCUCUUUAGUUAUAAUAAAUGACAAAGAAAUAAAUAAAACAAGAAAAGGUAGAUAUGUUAAAAGGAAUAAUGAAAUAAAAGAUGGGUCCCGCGAAAAUUAUAAUAUAAAAGAAGAUAAUUAUGAAGAUGAUAAUUAUUCAUAUGAUAUAACAAAUAACCAAUCGUUGGGUGAGGAGAACACAAAGGAGAAAUUUCAAGAAUUUGUAAAAAAUGAAGGAAAAGAAAAUCAUAUGAUAAAGAAGGAAUAUUUUAAGUUACACAUAGGUUUUGAUUAUUCGAAUUUUAGUAUGGAUACAAAUUAUAAAAUAAUAAAAUUUAUAAAUAAGGGAAGUCAUUUUUUAUAUUGGAAUGAUGAUGAUAUACAUUUUUUUGAUGAUACUAAUUUGACAGAAAAUAUGAAAUGUAGAGAUGAUGAUAGUAUUAGCAAUAAUUUAAAAUGGAGAGAUAAUAAUAAUAAUAAUAAAAAUAAUGUUCGGGCAAAUUUCCAUUCAACUAAAGAAUAUCAAAUGAAUGAAAUGAAAAAAAAUAAUUGUGAAGAGAUAAGAAAUAGUCGUUUUCUAUAUUUUGAUAGAGAACAUAAAUUAUUAGUUAUAAAAUAUAAUAUGAAAAAUAAUAAUUUUGUAUAUAUUAAUGAGGAGGAUCCUACAUAUAAAUAUUUUUUAAAUUUACAUAAUAAGGAUUUUUUGGAUGAAACAUUAAUUAAAGAAAAGAAAGAUUGUAUUUUAAUAUAUCCAUAUACCUAUACAAAAAUAUGGAAUACGUUAACUACAUAUAUAAAUGAUGAGGUAAUAAAUAAAAUAGAACCUGUAAACAAAACGUUUUCUUCAUCUUUCUUAAAAAGCGAUAAGGACAUGAUAAAUCUACACAACCAACCUUAUAUGUUUUAUUCUGUCAUACCUAAAUAUUCGUCCAAAAAAAAGAAGGACAAAAAAUAUGUAUAUGACAAAAAUGGUAGGAAUAAUUCAAAGGAGAAAAAGGAAGAUAACUUGGAAAUAGAUGUACAAAUAAAUGAUACGGCUGAAAAAGGUGAUGAUAAUAUUAUUGAUAUAUCUGAUGAUAAUGUAAGAGAUAAAUAUUAUGUCGAUAUAACUCAUAGGUUUAAUAAUAGCAAAAAUUAUAUAAAGGAGUAUAAUACAAUAAAUAAUACAAAUGUAGAAGGAGAAAAAACAUAUUUUGAAUAUAUAUCUAUUGAUAACGAAACGAAUAAAUAUACACCAAGUGAUAUAACUAUUAUGAACAUGGAAAAAUAUUGGAUAUUAAAAGAAAUAAUUCAACAAGAAUAUACAUAUAUAUAUUAUAAUAACGAACAAAUAGAAGGAUUUGUAAAAUAUUCAGAUAAACUUUUUUAUAUAUUAGGUGAGUUCCAAUUUGCUUUUAUUUUAUUUCAUUUAGGUUAUAAUUAUCAAUCAUUUAUUCAGUGGCGAAAAUUAUUUGAGCUUAUGACUAAUUCUUCUUACUUGGUCACAAAUAGUACAAAUUUUUUUGAAGAAGUUUUAAAAGCUGUUUGUAUACAACUGAGCUAUCUGAGUGAAGAUUUUUUUGAUAACUCUGACAAUAGUUUUAUUUUAUUUGGUAUUUAUAACAUAUAUGAAAUAAUAAAUAAUAUAGAUGAAAAGAUAAGACCAAAAAAUAUUACAACAUUGAUAGAUAAUAUCGAUUCAAUUGUGUAUACAAAAAUUGGUCUGCAUUUACCUGACUUGUCUUUUGUCUAUGAAGAAUAUCAACCCACAUAUGUCAACGAAGAAUUUUAA